GCAGCGCGUACGUGCGGGUGUUCUGUGUCGAACGAGUGAGAGCGAACAAAAAAAAGCAAAACGACAGUCAGCUGAUCCGAGUUACCGUUUUACCGACGCGCAAAUACAAUUCCCAACCGCUUAUUCAGGAUACCAAGUGAUCUUUGCAUGUGCCAAUACUGAAACAAAACCCGAAAGAAAGUGAGGUUAUGAGUGCCCCCUAGUGCCAAAUUAGUCUAAACCAAAACCAAAAAUACAACAAAAACGAGCUGCAGAUGGAAAGCAACGCAUUUGGCAGCAGCCAUUUGCCAUCUCAAGCGCUCGUUGUCCUCUCGGAAGCCGCUUCCGGUUUGCAUGAGGCUCUACGUGGACAACGUCCGUUUCCAUCGAGAGUAAUCCCUUUCGAUUUCCCCCUCUUGCAGUUACCUGACGCCAAAGACCUCCACAACAUGUCACUAGUCGGCAACUACUUCAACCCGCACCUGCUGCUCAACCACGGGAUGCUGGUGGCGAACGGAGCGGCGGCGGCGGCAGCGGCGGCGGGAGCGGGACCGGCGAGCUACUUCGCCAGCGACCGCUCGCCGCUGGGGAAGCCGUCGGUGCUGUCGAACUUCUCGCUGCCGUCGGCCUUCUCGCCGCCCAAGUACAUUGGCAUAUCGCUGGACCAGAAUCUGUUCAACGGCAGCGAGUCCUUUCGCACGGACUCGGCCAGCCCCACAUGCACAUCGCACGAAUCCAUGGAGGGAUCACAGGAUUACGACGCCGUUGAAAAGGGUGAAAGUCCGCGCAGUAAUAAUUCUCAGGAUCCCAGGGAUUUGAGACAUCUGCACAGUGCGGGGAAGGGCCACCAGGCACUGGCCACCUCCUCGUCGGCGUCCAGCUCCUCGUCCUCCUGCUCGACCAGCAACCCGGCCAUCAGCACGGCGACCAGCAGCGUGGCCGUUUCGAUGGCCAGCCACCUGGCCGCCUCCUCGCCGCACCACCACCCCCACACGCACGCCCACUCCCACUCGCACCCGCACCCGCUGGCCCACCCGCACGCCCACUCGCACCACCACGGCCACCACGUAGGCGCUCCGCCGGUCUCCACGGCGGUGACGACGCACCACCACAUGGCCCACCCGCACCCGCUCUCGCACCACCACGCCGCCCACCACGCGGCCUUGGCCAGCCUGAGCAUGGCGGGUCUGCGGGCGGUGCCGGGCGGCCUGAGCCUGGUCAGCGGACUCCAGGCCGCCGCCGCCGGCGGAGCCAUCCCCGAGAUGUGCCCCGUCUGCGGGCUGAAGCUGAGCGCCGAGGAGUGGCACUCGCACUUCCUCACCGAGCUGGACAGGCUCUACAAGCUGAGCGCCGGGUUCGAGCGGGCCAACCUGCAGGCCACCUACAUGUUCGCCCCUCCGUGUCCCGCGCAGGAGAACGCCAUCCGCACCAGCCACAACCGCUGGGAGACCUUCCAGAGAAUACGGAACAACCGCCAGAACCGCCUGAGACUCAAGGUCCGGAAGCGCAAGUACGGCGAGAUGUACAUGAUGGAGAGCCUCUACUGCAGCAGUUGCCCCAUCUGCAAGAGGAAGUACGCCUUGGAGACGGGGAAGAUUCCUCCAGAGGACGAUGUCAAAUCGCAGGAGGAGAUCGAAACGGUUGAUGUGGAGAGCUGCAACGACGACGUGCCCGACUCGGGAUCGGAGAUAGCCACUCCGGGAUCAGGGUCAUCCGCCACCGUUCUGCCGCCGUCCAGCAUGCACAACAGCAAUGCGCAGCCGGGCAAGCUGGACGGGAUCCUCUACCGGACGGGCUGCGUGAUCAACCAGAAGGAUCCGCAUCCCGACGAGCAGGACGUGAGCACCAACGUGGCGACCGCCAGCAGCAGCAGUUGGCCCGGCGAGGUCAACGCCCCACCCCAGGCACAUAUCAGUGUUAAAAACGUCAGCGAGCUGUCAUCUACCACACAUCACUACUACAACGCCGAUUCCUGUGGCGUGGGCGUGAACGACAACAACAGCAGCAGUAGCACCAACAACAACGGCGGAGGCAACAACAAGGACCUAAUGAUGGACACGGCCUCGUGCCAAAAUGAUAGCGACGAGGAUGUAAUUGUGGACGACGACGACACCGUCAAGAUGUCGAGCAAAAUCAAUUACAGCAAGAUUCCACGUCGGCAGGAGGAGCAGAAUGUGGGCAGCAGCAGAUCCCUUGAGAACAUAUCGCCCAUGGAGGAGCGACCGCGCUCGGAGCCGCAGGUGAGCAGCACCGAUCCGGGACCGAUGGACAUAUCUCACAGCAACAGCAGCAACAACAAUAAUAACAACAACAACAACAACAACAACAGUAGUAGUAACAACAACAACAACAAUCCGGCGUCAAAGUACGCGGAGAGCAUGGAGAACAGCCUGUCGCAGUUGUCGUCGAUGGGCGUGCCGGGAUUAACGCAAUUGGACUCAAAGGUGGGAAUUAGUUCGGAUUUAAAACCGGACGAUGAAAACAAGUGUUUCAUUUGUAAGACAGGCAUAAAGGAUCUCAAUACGGAUGCGUUCCUGCGCGGUCGUAACUUUUAUUUCCACCAGAGUUGUGCCAACGUGAUGAGCAGCUACCGCCUGAACAAGGAGCUGCUGAGCCAGGCCCAAAGCCAGCAGAGGGCGGUGGGAGGAGGAGGAGGUGGAGGGGGGUGGUGAGGCGGUGGCCGCCACGGCAACGCCCCGCAGCCUUUCGCCCGCCCAAUCGCCGCAGCAGAGCGUUCCGCAGGCCAUGGAGUGAAGGGAGGAGCCGGGGGGCCGAGCUGACAAUUGCAAUCCAAGCGUGAAUUUAUUAAAAUUAAUUAAUAACAUAUUGUAUUUGAGGUAGCUAAUGAAGCGCGACGAGCAAAUUGACGUUUAAUUGGGCAUCCCCAAAGUAGGCAACACCCUCGCCCACCAAAAAUAUAAAAAUCAAAUGUUUUUGCCCUGUAUAAAUUCUACAUGUAAAAUUAAUUUGUUUUCGUUUUAAAUGCAAUUGGUUUUUUGUAAAAGAACGUUUUAGUGCAAUUUUUGUGUUGCCUUCUCACCUGUCAUAUAAUUAUGUGUACUUUAAUGUAUCGGUUUGUAUGUAUUCGUAAUUUCCCUGAACGUGCUAUAAUUGUUAAAUGUUUGAUUGAUAACGAAACAAACAAUAUACGAUAAAUGAGAUUAAAUUAUCAUCUCUAAGUAAACACUAGUUGUAAAUUCUUAAGCCCUGAAUUAUUUAUGAAAAAUCAAAUAAAUACACGAAAAUACCAA